CCAAAAACAGAUUUCCCUCCGAUCCAGUCGAGUAACCCUCCACAACCUUUUCAACUUUCCUCGGCCGAGGAGGCAGUGCGUCUGGAGCAAAUAUCGUUCGUAAUCAUAUGCGAUUCCAUCCCCAGCCUGAGAUCAUCACGAGGCUCGAAACAAUAUUCAAAUUCGUUCAACAUUUUCUCUCGCCAUAGCAGCGACUCAAAAAAGUGUUACUUAUGCAUAGAUAGUGACUGUGUAAGCUUAGUUACUUUCAGCUCAAAGCUUACAUUUCGAACCUCUGUUUCAGGCUUGUGUGCAAUCUCCAGACGACCGCAACCUCGACUUUCUUUUUAUGUGAUCAAAAAUUUUACCUACCUUCGAGCGAUCAUUCCAUAAGGUCCAUUCGAUACGGCCAACCAAUUUCAAUAGUAACAAUGGCGGCUAACGACUAUUACAAUUCUUAUUCACAACAACAACAAUAUCAACAUGAAGAACCGCAACCAUAUCACAGUCAAUUCGACACUCAAUCUCAACAACAUACAGUUCCUCCAUCAUAUCAUUCCCGAGCACCUUCAAGACAAGGCUCAUUCCCUUCACAAGUAGGAUCAGCAAGACCUAAAGAAAUGUCACCAGUCUCUCCAUUCGAAGCGCCGUUCGAUGAUCAUGUAUAUCCGGCGCCAAAUGUACCACCGCAUAGACAAGAAAGCUCGCAUAGCUUAGGACAAGAUUCGCAGUACUAUGCACAAGGUGGAGGCGGUAGGACCCAAGAUGGGAUGGGCUACUCUAACGAAGAUAUACCUUUACGAGAAAACCCACAAGUACCAGCAAAAGAUGCCUCGACAGACCAUAUUUACGAUGCGAACCUAAACGACCAUGUAUAUGACGCAGGAGAAUCAGGAGUACCUCCACACUUAAAGGAUAACAAAAGGAAUAGAAUGAGCGACGCUAUAUCUAUGGGACUUGUGAAUAGGAAGAAUAGCAUUCCUUUCGUUACAUAUACUCUCACUUUGGUGCAAGUGAUAGUAUUUAUUGUAGAGAUUGUUAAGAAUUGUAAGUGUUUCAAAGUAGAUUUUGGACAGAAGAUGCUAACAUGAAACAGCUCAACUCACAGGGUCUCCGAUCGAGAUUCAUCCUUCUUUUAACCCUAUGAUUGGUCCCUCACCAUAUGUAGUUAUCAAUAUGGGCUCAAGAUUCACACCAUGUAUGCAUAAUAUGACCGACAUACCAGAUCUAAAUGCUAUAAGCUGGCCAUGUCCGAACACAACAAGCGCAACAUCGAAUGAUUGCUCUAUAAGUGAUCUUUGCGGAUUUGGAGGAGUGGGAGCGACACCCGAUCAAUGGUAUAGAUUCAUUUUACCCAUGUUCCUUCACGCUGGAAUCAUUCACAUAGGUUUCAACAUGCUUCUCCAAAUGACCAUGGGAAAGGAAAUGGAGAUUUUAAUCGGGCCCAUUCGAUAUUUUUUGGUGUACAUCUCUAGCGGAAUAUUUGGGUUUAUACUAGGUGGGAAUUUUGCUGCGACAGGUAUCUCAUCCACAGGCGCAUCAGGAGCCCUUUUUGGUCUCAUUGCUCUUACGCUCCUUGACUUGCUAUAUAAAUGGAAAGAACGCGUCAGUCCAAUGAAAGAAUUAGCUUUUAUCCUCCUCGAUGUUAUCAUAUCCUUCGUUUUAGGUCUUUUACCCGGUCUCGACAAUUUCUCACAUAUUGGAGGCUUCCUUAUGGGUUUUGUCCUUGGUUUAUCGAUUCUUCGUUCACCCAAUUCUCUACGAAUGCGAACAGGCCAAUCGGAUCCACCAUAUGCGCCUGUUCCUAGUAAAGCUAAUCAAGGUGACCGUGGUAUCGUCAGUUUAUUCAAGAAUCCUUCGGGCUUUUUCAAAGGAAGAAAACCAGCUUGGUGGGCUUGGUUACUUUUGAGAUUAGCUGCCUUCGUAUUUGUUUUCAUUGUGUUUAUUCUACUUUUAAACAAUUUCUACAUCUACAGAAAGACUUGCGGAUGGUGCAAAUAUUUGAGUUGCAUUGUAAGUUUUCCCCUGAUUUCAGUCGGUUAUAUUUCUUUGUUGAAUUAAGCUAACAUGAUGGAAACAGAAUGUCAACAAUUGGUGCAGUCUGGGGAAUCUACAAUUAACUAAUGUUACGACGAAAAGAAGUUUACUAGAUAGUUGGGAUGCGAUGGCCAAGUUGUAUGCAUAAAGCGAGACAGUGUAUUCUUGGUAAUCUGGCUGGAAUCAUAAUGAGAAUUAUGAUAUGGAAGGUUAGGCAGCGUCCGCCUAGGGGAGGCUGACUAUUUAAAUUUUCGAAAAAAUUAGCGCAUAUGCAAUAUGCAUAGCGACGGAGUUCUUUUAUCGAUUCGACGGCAGGGUCUUUUCAUAUGGUGGAUUAACUCCUACCAACUUUGGUUAUACGCCAGGAAUGGCGUCAUGACAAGGGUCAGGUCAGAAAGGAUGAUCGGAUGGAUGGAAUAAAGUUCAGGAAAAGAAAGCAUUUAGUGUAAGCACUAUGGUCUGGAGUUUGCAUAUGGAGAUUGAACAAUCCCGAGUAUACCAUGAGAUAUUCUAGCAAGUUUAUAAUGAUACCAUUGAUACCA